GGCUGACAGCUGGUAACCGUGGCUCUUGGAGAUGUGGGAAGGGCCCUGUCAUCUGACCAAUGACCAAUGCUAGACCAGACAUCGCCCACCAGUGACACUCCUCUCCCCAAAGAGGAUGGGUGAUGGACUCGCAGGAAGGGCUCUGGGGUCUGUUACCUGCCACUCACACCCAUGGCUGCUGCCAGUCAGGAAGGAUGGACAUGGAACGGUUCUGCUGCGGGGAGGCCAAGCGAAGUCUCUCCCACGUCAACAGCUCUGAACGGGAGCCUAGUGUCCGCACCUACGGACAUCGUUUCCCAAUCUAUCGGCCUCUUCUUCAUGUUGCUGGUUGACCUGGUGGGAAUCAUUGGGAACGCCGCGGUGAUCCUGGUGAUUAUCCGGACUCCGCUGCUGAAGAAGUUUGUCUUUGUUUUCCACUUGUGCCUGGUGGAUCUGCUGGCAGCCCUGGUCCUGAUGCCGCUGGGGAUGGUGACGAGCUCGGGGCUGUUCGGUAGCAUGGCCCUGGGGGAAAUCUUGUGCCGUAUUUACCUCUUUCUGAACAUGUUGUUCAUCAGCGCCUCCAUCCUGUCCAUCCUGACCAUCAACGUGGAGCGUUACUAUUACAUCGUCCACCCCAUGAGGUACGAGGGCCGUGUGACCGUGCGACUGGUCGUGUCUGUCAUCGUGUGUGUGUGGAUCAAAGCCGCGCUGAUGUCGGUGGUGCCGGUGUUGGGCUGCCUGGCUCACGGCUCCUCCACACACAGGAGCCAUUGCUGCUCCCAGUGGAAUGUCGACAAGUACAGGAAGGUCUUUGUGGUGUUCUUCAGCGUCUUCUACUUCUUGUUGCCGGUGUUCAUCAUCCUGACGGUGUACUGCGGAAUGUUCCGGGUGGCCAGGGUGGCGGCCAUGCAGCGAGGGCCGCUGCCUAUCUGGCUGGACACCCCAAGGCGACGCUCAGAGUCCCUAAGUAGCAGGUCCACCAUGGUCACCAGCUCCGGCCUCCAGCGGAGCUCCCCACAGAGGACCUUUGGGGGGGGCAAGGCUGCGGCGAUCCUCGUGCUGGUGGGAGGACAGUUUGUCUUGUGUUGGCUGCCAUUUUUUGCCUUUCACCUGUACUCAGCCAUGACCCCAGGUCUGGGCCCCGAGGAACCCUGGGAGGCCAUCGUCACCUGGAUCGGUUACACUUCCUUCAGCGCCAAUCCCUUCUUCUACGGCUGCCUGAACAGGCAGAUCCGCGGGGCUCUGAGCAAACACCUCAGCUGCCUCUUCACCCCGGCCGUGGAGGAGGAGCCGGCCUUGCCCAGCCGCGAGGGCUCCAUCGAGGAGAACUUCCUCCAGUUCCUGCAGCGCACGGGCUGCACCACGGACACCAGGGCCUCCAGCCCCAAACCUGACCAGCCCGCGCUCGCCUUCCACAUCCCCGGCCAAAUCCUGGAGGAGACGUGCGAGUUCCUGGAGCAGCAGAUAGCCAGCGACUUCAGUGUGUCCAACACUUGUGUUAAACUGGGGCGCUCUCCCAACCACGAGGUGUAGCCCUCCCGCUCUCUC